AGAAACCAGUUUCUCCCCCUCUCAGGCUUCCCCUCACUCAGAGCUCUUCCCCAUUCUUCCUUGAAAACCCUAGCCUCCACUGCGCCGCUGCUGGUCUCACCGUCGCCGCCAGCUUACCAGUGUUCGCUGCCAGCUUCCCGUCCCCCGUGGUCCGUCGCUCUCCCUCAAAUCUCUGGUCACUGCCCUCGCCGAAGGGAAACACUGAAUGAUAUGUGAUUGAUCGCUACUACGUCAACUUGAAAGUAAUUGUGUGCAAAGUUUAAAUGUUGUUAAUUUCACUUUAUGCUUAAUACCAACACGCCUCACUCUUAGAAAACAGAACCCUCAAGUUUUUAUUAGAGGAACAAUCCACAGACCGAGAGUAAAAUGACGACGGAGCCAUCGGAAUCGUUCAAGCCAUACACCCUGUCACAAACCCUAACUGGCCACAAGCGCGCCAUCUCCGCCGUCAAGUUCUCCUCCAAUGGCCGUCUCCUGGCAUCGUCGUCAGCGGACAAGACCCUCCGCACUUACGCCUUCACCAACUCAGACUCUGAGUCCGGCAGCCGCACUCUGUCGCCGAUGCAGGAGUAUGAGGGCCAUGAGCAGGGCGUCUCCGAUCUGGCCUUCUCCUCAGACUCUCGAUUCUUGGUCUCCGCCUCCGAUGACAAGACCCUCCGCCUCUGGGAUGUACCCACCGGCUCCCUCAUCAAAACCCUCCAUGGCCACACCAACUACGUCUUCUGUGUUAACUUCAACCCCCAAUCGAACAUCAUUGUUUCUGGUUCCUUCGAUGAGACUGUUAGGGUUUGGGACGUUAAGUCCGGUAAGUGUCUUAAGGUCCUUCCAGCACAUUCUGACCCUGUCACCGCGGUCGAUUUCAACCGCGACGGUUCUCUUAUUGUUUCUAGUAGCUACGAUGGGCUCUGUAGGAUUUGGGAUGCCUCCACUGGCCACUGUAUGAAGACUCUCAUUGACGAUGAGAACCCUCCUGUUUCCUUUGUCAAGUUCUCCCCUAAUGGCAAGUUCAUCCUCGUUGGCACGUUGGACAACACUUUGAGGCUUUGGAACUAUUCUACUGGCAAGUUUCUGAAGACCUACACCGGUCAUGUUAACUCAAAAUAUUGCCUUUCAUCCGCGUUUUCUAUAACAAAUGGGAAGUAUGUUGUUGGUGGCUCAGAAGAUAAUUGUAUAUACUUGUGGGAACUGCAGACAAGGAAAAUAGUGCAGAAAUUGGAAGGCCAUUCUGAUACUGUUGUAUCCGUCUCGUGUCACCCGAUGGAGAACAUGAUCGCUUCCGGUGCUCUUGGCAAUGACAAAACUGUGAAGAUCUGGACCCAACAGAAAGACUAAUCUUGUGAUGAGGACUUCAGGCUAUCGUUCAAUGGAUUAGUGAAAGUUGAGUUUAGGAGAAAGUGACUUGUGAUGAAACCCUUAGGUCAUGUUGCAGUAGAGUUCACUAUUGUAUUAAAGAAUGAUUUCAUUUCAAGUUUCAACCAUUGUAUCGUCACGGAAGUCACUCUUUAAGGGUAAUUUGGAUGGUAGGUUCAAUUAGUUGGGUGUCCCUAUCAUUUUCUUGUUUAUUAAAUAUGGAAGUUGGGUCUUAAGAUAAGUUUCGGAUGUAAAUAGACAAAACUCGAAUGUCUACCCUAAUGGAUUAAUCCCACGGCAGUAGCCACCACUAACUCAUUAAGGUUCUUGCAACUUGCUGUUCUGGUGGUGACAAUAUGAAGAGAAAUGAAAAGCUGUUUAUCCUACUUUA